UUUUUUCUCGAUUCCUUGACUGUAUCCUUUCUGUGUUCGAGGAGGGAAAAAGAGCCCUCUUUUCCAAUUUUUUCAGUCAGUGAGAGAGAGAGAGAGAGCGAGCGAGGAAUUUCUGCGGAGAUUUCUUGGAUUCGAUUCGUUUCAAGCUCAUAUCCUUCUAUGCGUUGAAUCAACAUGGUUGAGCCGGAGGUGGCGUCGGAAGCCACAGAUGAGCCACUGGAUAAUGGGCCAGACCCGCAUGAGGGUACGAGCGGAAUUGUUGUUGAGAAGAAAGAGGAGAGAAAUGGAAUUGGAGAAGUUGAAGGAGAAGCAAAAGAAGAGGAGAAGAAAUCUGAGGAUGUGAAGGCCGAGGAAGAAGAUGACAAGAAAGUAGAAGGAGAUGGUGAGGAAGGUCUGAAAAUGGAAGAAGGAGAAGAUGGCCUGAAGGAAGAGGAGAAGACUGAUGAGAAGGCUGAAGAGAGCAAGGAGGAGAAAGUGUUGAAGAGUCGGAGGGGGCAGAGAACACAGAGAGGGCAGAGAGGUAAGGCGAAGAAAAAGGAGGUUGUUAGUGAGGAGAAAAAAGGGGAGAUGAAGAAACGCGAAGCAGACAAGAAAAAUGUGAAAGAAAGUGAUGUGAAGGAAGGGAAGGAGAUAAGAAUAGAAGAGGAAGGAGUGGCUGAAGGAGUGGAAAUGGAGGAAGAAACUGACAAGAAAGUAGAGAAGGAGAAUAAAGAGGUUGAGGAGAAGGCUGAAGAGAGUAAAAAAGAUAAAGCGGCAAAGAAACGUCGGAGGGGGCAGAAUGCUGGGGAGAAAGAUGAAGUGAAGAAGAAAAGGGAGGUGGGUGAGAAAAAGGUGAAAGAGUCAGUUACUCCAGUGGCUUCCUCCUUGAUCGAUCGACCUGUGCGGGAGCGGAAAUCGGUUGAGAGGUUGGUGGCUAUGAUUGAGAAGGAAGCAGUUAAGGAGUUCCUCAUUGAAAAGGGGCCGGGUACUCCACUGAAAGAUAUACCCAAUGUUGCAUACAAGCUAUCAAAAAGAAAAACUGAUGAUGUUGUGAAGAUGCUUCACUCGAUCAUUUUUGGAAGGAGAGGAAAGGCAUCUCAGUUCAAAAGUAAUAUCGCCCAGUUCUCUGGCUUUGUUUGGCAUGAGAACGAGGAAAAGCAAAGAGCUAAAAUAAAAGAGAGGCUUGACAAAUGUGUCAAAGAUAAAUUGGUGGAUAUCUGCGACAUGCUGGAUAUACCUAUUUCUAAGGCUACAGUAAGGAAGGAAGAUCUUGUAUUGAAGCUGUUAGACUUUUUGGUGGCCCCUAGUGCUACAACUGACAUAUUGCUUGCAGAAAAAGAUCAGUCAAGUACGGCUAAGAAACGUAAGAGGACAGUCAACAGAAGUGCAUCAAAAAGCCCUGGAAGUACACUAGCGAGGCGCUCAGCAAAGAAACAAAGAAAGGUCAAGGACACUCCUAAGCGAGAGAAAAAGAGUACCGAAGAAACGGAAGAUGAAGAAGAGGAGGAAGAUGAAGAGAUUGAAAAUGGCAUGCCUGAUGCAGAUGAGGAUCAAGCUCCUGAGCAUUCUGAAAGUGAGAAAAAGGAAGAUGAAUCUGACGAAGAGUAUGAUGAGGACUCAGGAAAAGGCAAACAAAGCUCGAAGAAGACAUCAAAGAGAGGCUCUGCUGGGAAAGUUAAAACCAAGAAAGCCCCUCCUGCAACACCCACAAAAACCUCAGCACAAUCUUCUUCCAAGGUACCCAAGGCUGAUGAUACAAACAAUACUAGUCCAAAAGUCUUCUCGAGGAAGAAGAAAAGUGAGGACAAAACUCCAAAGCAAUCCUCCACUCCAUUGAAAUCUGCCCCCAAAUCAAAAGGAGGUAAAGAGGUGGCAAAAGGGAAGGGUAAACCCAAGAAAGAAUCUGAUCUGAGUGAUGAGGAAUUGAGGAAGGCGACAUGUGAAAUUCUAAAAGAAGUCGACUAUAACACGGCCACAUUCACUGACAUUCUCAAGCUACUUGCCCGUCGUUUCAACACCGAUCUCACAUCGAGGAAACCGGCCUUAAAGGCCAUGAUCCGGGAAGAGCUGACUAAGAUUGCUGAUGAGGCGGAAGACGACCAAGAUGAUGAAGAUGAGCCUGAGAAGGGAGAAAACUCAGAACCUGCUGACCAAGAAGCAGAGGUUUGACUGAGGCAAAACUAUGUAAAAUUGGUAUUUAUUUCCUUCUCACUUUCAAAAAAAAGAAAAAGAAAAAGAAGAAGAAAAUUUGUGCCUUCUACAUUGCCUCGGGACAUGUGUGGGACCCAGCGGUAAUGUAACUUUUCUGAGUGAUCUACUGCUGGUGACCCUGCACAAGUUCCCCAGCGAUGAAGGGCAGGAGAUUGCUCCUGCUGUGGAUUUUCACAUGUUAUGUAUUCUAAGAUAUGCUUCUCUUAAUUUAUCUGACCCAUAGAUAUUGUUAGCAGCUGA